AUGGAGGAUGUCAUCAUUACAUCCUCCAACAACCUAAUAGAGGUGCAUGCAGAGAAGCUGGGUGGAGAUGGAACAGUCACAAAUACUUUUUCCCACCAGUGCAAAUUGCCAUCUGAUGUGGACCCCAUAUCUUUGAGCAUGUCCAUGGCGAGCGGAUCAGUCGUAGUCGCAGACUGGCAUCGAUAUAAAGACAGUAAAGAGUAUUUCAGCAAAAUCCUCCACAAGAAGAGACGGAGAAACUUUGGCCUUUUGGAGUCUCCAGUGAUGCCUCCACAUGUAGCUGUGGACACAGUUCAUUAUAAGAUCUUCAUCUCUGGUAAGAGCGGAGUUGGGAAAACUGCUAUUGCUGCACGUCUUGCAGGCAUGAAUAUUCCCAGCAUGCACCAUGAAACCACAGGCAUUGAGACAACAGUGGUGUAUUGGCCAGUGAAGCUAAAAGAAAGCAGCAGAGUGCUUUUCUUCCGUUUUCAGCUGUGGGACUGUGGAGAGAACGCCUUACGCAGAUUUGACCAUUUGCUUCCAUCCUGCAAGGAGCAAGUGGAUGCAGUCCUCUUACUAUUCUCCUUCACAGACAGGACAUCAUUUGAUGAUCUGCCAAAUCAGCUCGCCAAAUGGUCCGAGCCAUCUGUCAGGCGUGUUGUGAAAAUUGUGGUUGGCACCAAAUUCGACCUUUUCAUGCACUGUGAUGUGGCAGAGAGAGAUAUAAGGGACUUCCAGGAGACAUGGGGUAUCCCGGUACUGCGUACAGGCGGGGAGGUCACAGACGGGCUGGGCGACGUAGCCUCGCUCCUCAACUGCCUUGCAGAAAACCUGUGGCAUCAGGACUGCGUUACAGCUGGCUCAGCCAGCCACCAUUCACAGGACACAGUGACUCUGCUUUAAAAAUGAACGUUGUUUUAAACAGCCUGGACUGAACCAGAGAUGAGGGUGCUCACCUCUGAAUGGGGCUCAUGUUGAGAUGAUGAUACUACAUUACUUGGCUCCAAAUUAUGUAUUCUAAACCCCCCCCAAAA